AUGGCGGACAAUGACAAAGGAUGGUCCGCGAGAGGGUGCAACGACACUGUCAUUCUGCUCGCUCACGCCUCCCUCGUUCGGCAGAGAGCGCUUCGGGUUGGUCUCGCCAAACUGGACGGACCGGACAUCGACGAGGAAGGCGAAGAGAACGACUGGCCCGUCACCGGAACCGCACUGUCGUCCGACGAUGAGGCAUUUAUCGCCCGAUUGGUGCAAUCCGGUGCAAUCGCUUGCGGGCGUGCAUCUGCUAGGUCUGCGGCGCAAGGGAUGCAGCGGGAGCAGAUGCGCCAUCCUGUUUUGCUAUUGCAUCGUUUGUGUCAUAUGACCAAGGUUUGCAGAGGAGGAAGCACUGCACCAGUAGCGUAUCAGCAAGGCCAAGGUAACCGCAGCGUUGCUGGACGGAAAGAGGGACGCACACCCACCGGGCUCAGCGGGACUGGGAGUGUGCUUGUGCUAUUGAGCGCGAAAGAGCUGCGCCGUGCAGCCAGCCAGCGGACGGAGGGAAGACGCUCAGAGACGCAAGUGCCAAUGGGUCGUCUUACCGGAUGA